AUGCCACCACUGCGCUUAACCAUCGAGAAUGGCCUCUUCCGCGAUUCCCAUGGCCGUGAAGUUACCCUUCGUGGAAUAAAUCUUGCUGGGGAUGCCAAGUACCCUAGCAAUCCGAAUCAGCCCUCACAUAUUGUAAAGGACUUCUUCGAUGGAGAUCAAGUCAACUUCCAUACUCGCCCAUUUUCUCCAGAAGACGCACACACUCAUUUGGCGCGAUUAAAACGUUGGGGUUACAACACGAUACGAUAUGUUUUCACCUGGGAGGCAAUAGAAUCGGCAGGCCCAGGCAUAUAUGAUGAAACGUGGAUUCAGCAUACCAUUGAAAUUCUGCGAUUAGCAAAAAGUUAUGGUUUCUAUAUUUUUAUGGAUCCCCAUCAAGAUGUCUGGUCGAGAUUUUCAGGUGGAUCGGGAGCUCCAAUGUGGACUCUCUAUGCUUGCGGACUUGAUCCCAAAAAGUUCGCUGUGACAGAAGCGGCAGUGGUACACAAUACAUAUCCAGAUCCCGAGAAUUUUCCCAAAAUGAUUUGGUCUACGAAUUAUACACGUUUAGCCUGUCAAACGAUAUUUACGUUUUUCUUUGCUGGUCGGGACUUUGCACCUAAAUGCAUCAUUGAUGGUAAGAACAUACAGGAUUAUCUUCAAGAUCACUUCGUAAAUGCUUGCGCCCACCUUGCAAAGCGGAUUCAUGAAGCUGGAGAUCUCGAAAAUGAAGUGGUCAUUGGCUGGGAAAGUAUGAAUGAGCCUAAUCGAGGCUUUGCCGGCUGGUCAGAUUUAUCUAUCAUCCCAAGCGAACAGAAGUUGCAAAAAGGAACUUCUCCGACUGCAUUCCAAGCCAUGUUGACUGGGUCCGGAAGAGCAUGUGAAAUAGCUACAUGGGACUUUGGGGGAAUGGGACCAUACAAAUCUGGCACCACUUAUGUUGAUCCCCAAGGAGAGACAACAUGGUUAUCAGCAGACUAUGACGAAUCAAGAUAUGGCUACAAACGAGAUCCGGGUUGGAAGCUCGGCGAGUGUAUCUGGGCUCAGCACGGCGUAUGGGAUCCAUCAACAGAUACCUUGUUAAAGAAAGAUUACUUUAAAAAGAAUCCUCGAACAGGGCAAGAACUUAGCUAUGAAGAGUUUACAAACUCAUACUUUAUGGAUUACUACCGCAAACACCGGGAUGCCAUCAGAGCUCAUCAUAAAGACUCAAUCUUGUUUUGUCAGCCGCCAGUAUUGGAAAUUCCCCCGUCAAUCAAAGGUACCAAAGACGACGAUCCUCUUAUGGUCUAUGCGCCUCAUUACUAUGAUGGAGUCACGCUUAUGACCAAAAAAUGGAAUCGUCACUGGAAUGUUGAUGUUUUCGGCAUCUUGCGAGGUCGUUAUUGGACACCGGCCUUGGCUAUAAAGAUUGGAGAGACAGCAAUUAGGAAUUGUUUCAAAGAUCAGCUUGCAGCGAUCAAGAAAGAGGGUGAAGACUAUAUGGGAAAUCAUCCAUGUGUUUUGACAGAAUUUGGUAUUCCUUACGACAUGGAUGAUAAGUAUGCUUACAAAACUGGUGAUUAUUCUAGUCAAUCAGGGGCAAUGGAUGCAAAUCACUUUGCCGUAGAAGGAAGUGCUAUGGCAGGUUAUACCCUAUGGCUUUAUAUGUGCGAGAAUAAACAUUCUCUCGGCGACCAAUGGAAUGGCGAGGAUCUUUCAAUUUUUUCCUUGGAUGAUUUACCACUACCACUCGACGCCAACCUUUCAUCACCCAGCGAUUCAAGUACAUCACUAGUAGACCACACAGCUGGACCCAAUACCAAGAAACAAAACUCAGACGAGUCAACUGUCAAUCCAGGUAAUUUGAAAGCAACAUUGAAAACUCCCUCAAUUUUGUCGAAGCAAACUGAUAGCCCUCCUGAACUCACCACUUCCCCUGGUUACCGAGCCGCCGAGGCCUACAUUCGUCCGUCCCCCAUCGCAACAGUUGGUAGGGUUUUGAACUACGGAUUCGAUCUUCGAAAGUGCACCUUCACAUUGCGAAUUCAUGCCGGCCAAGCAACAUCCGAAGAUACGCCCACCGAGGUCUUUCUCCCCGAAUUCCAUUUCCCAAAAGAUAAAUGCGACGUUGAAGUUAGCGCGGGGAAGUGGACAAUUAGUACGGAUGAUGCGGAUGGAGGGUUGAUUCAAAGACUUAGAUGGUGGCAUGCAGAAGGUGAAAACUCAAUCAAAGUCACGGGGGUCAUAAGUAAACAGAAUGUGAAUACGGGGGAAGAAGAUGAUGAGGGUUAUUAUAAAAAUAUGCUGGGGUUUGCGAAGACUUGCGCGUUGAUGUAA